ACUCUAUCGCCUUCCCGCACCACCCCCUCUCCCAACUCAACCACCUCAGCAAUGGCCCCCAAGCCCGCAUCCACUGCCGGAAAGGCACCCGCCUCCACCGCCUCCAAGGCGCCCGCGAAGACCACCACCGAAGGUGGUGCUAAGGCUGCGAAGAAGACCGCCAAGGCGUCUGGCGGCGCUGCUGACGGCGAGAAGAAGAAGCGUAGGAAGGGUCGCAAGGAGACUUACUCCUCCUACAUCUACAAGGUGCUCAAGCAGGUGCACCCUGACACUGGUAUCUCCAACAAGGCGAUGGCCAUCCUCAACUCGUUCGUCAACGACAUCUUCGAGCGCAUCGCGACCGAGGCCUCCAAGCUCGCGUCCUACUCCAAGAAGUCCACGAUCUCGUCACGCGAGAUCCAGACCUCUGUCCGUCUCAUCCUUCCCGGUGAGCUCGCCAAGCACGCUAUCUCAGAAGGCACCAAGUCUGUAACAAAAUUCUCGAGCGCGGGUGCCAAGUAGAUUCUUCGGUUGUGGUUCUCUUAUGUUGUAUUCUAUUGUGUACUUUUUAUUUAUCCUACAUUAGUCUAGUCUCCCGGCAAAC